AAGUACUCAGUAGUGCCUGAUGUGAGCUUUCCUGCAGGAUUUGCUGUUGCAUAGAAAGUGUUAGAAGAUGAACUCUGGUCUGUUAAGCUGAUCCUUGUCUGAAAUUGAUUUGGCUCAAUAAUUACCUAGUUUGGUUGGAUGAAUUCUCAGGGCCAUGAAUUUGUUGAACUUCAAUUUCUUCUUUUAUCUGAACUGGAAAAGGUUAUGGUACUAUACAUUGGCUUAGAAUAUCCAUCUUCAAGAGAAUCAAUAAUAGUGUAGGGAGUAAAAUGGCUAAAGAUACAAACUUGUAACAUCUGAUGCAGAACCGAUGCGAGAGGGAGAAGAUAUAUGGUGCAAGUCAGCUGAACACUGUGAUUGAUGAGUGGGAGAGCCAUGCUGGUCGAUUAUUGGUCAUGGUGUUGAUGAUGUUGACAAGUUUUUUAAAGCGACUGUUGAAAACAGGUGUUCGACAGAGAUGGAGGGAGGAUUAUUGUGGCAUCAUGUGCAAUGGAUUCUCAGCUAUAAGAGUUGAAUAAGAGCAAAACUAAAACGCUAUGAAUCUUGUUGGGCUUGGAGGUUGCACGGUUUGCCCCUUGUAGUAAUUUAUAUGAAUUUACUGCUACCAAAUAUUAAUGGUGUUAGCUGUCAUUCAUUAGAACUGAGCCUUAAAAUGGCAGCAAAUUAGAAAAAAAACAAAAAAGAAAAAGAAGAGAAAACAGUGAAACAGGGUAUUAAGAUCAUAUGCCCAUGAUGAUUCUUCACACUGUAUCCAACCCUUCACCACCCAAAGCCCCCACCACUGCCUUCAAAUCCAAUGCCUUUCAGGGAGUUGAGUCGUGCUCAACAAUGGCGGAGCUAAAGCAGCUCCAUGCCCAAUUCAUAAAGCUUGGCCUUUCAUGUGACAAUGAUGCCAUGGGCCGAGUCAUCAAGUUCUGUGCCCUAUCUGAAUCUGGAGACUUGAACUAUGCCCUUAAGGUGUUUGAUACACUGCCUGAACCAGAUACCUUCAUAUACAACACCAUUAUCAGAGGGUACUUAAAAGGCCAGUUUCCUGAAAGUUCAGUUCCUUUUUACUCCCAAAUGUUACUGAACUCAGUCAUGCCCAAUAACUUCACUUUCCCUCCGCUAAUUCGCUGCUGUUGCAUCGCCAAUGCGAUUGGAGAAGGAAAGCAGGUACAUGGUCAUGUGAUCAAGUUUGGAUUUGGGUCUGAUGGGUUUUCCCGGAACAAUCUGAUCCAUAUGUAUGUGAAUUUCAACUGCUUGGAAGAAGCUAGGAGGGUGUUUGAUAGGUUGCCGGUGAAAGAUGAUGUUGCGUGUACAACGCUAAUUAGCGGGUAUGCUCAGUGGGGGUAUCUUAAUGAAGCUUUGAGUGUUUUUGGGUCAAUGCCGGAGGAAAAGAACUCUGUCUGUUGGAAUGCUAUGAUCGCAUCAUAUGUCAAGAAUGACCGCUUUUACGAGGCAUUUGCUUUAUUUCAGAGAAUGCGGGCUAAGGGCGUUACAAUUGAUAAAUUUGUUGCGGCAAGUAUUUUAUCGGCUUGUACGGGACUAGGAGCUCUAAAGCAAGGGGAGUGGAUACACGACUACAUCAAGAAAAGCGACAUUUAUGUGGACCCCAAGUUGGCAACGACGAUUAUUGAUAUGUACUGCAAAUGUGGAUGCUUGGAUAAGGCAUUCGAUUUCUUUAAUGGGCUUCCGGUGAAAGGGAUUUCGUCUUGGAAUUGCAUGAUUGGAGGGUUUGCAAUGCACGGCAAAGGAGAGGCAGCAAUUAAGCUUUUGAAGGAAAUGGAAAGGGAGAAGGUAGUUCCCGAUUACAUUACCUUUGUGAAUGUACUGAGUGCUUGUUCUCAUUCGGGUUUGAUUGAAGAAGGGAAACAUUACUUCAAUUAUAUGACCAAAACUUAUGGCAUUGAGGCAGGGAUGGAGCAUUAUGGAUGCUUGGUUGAUAUGCUUGGACGAGCGGGAUUACUAGAGGAAGCCAGGAGAGUAAUCGAGGAAAUGCCUAUUAGCCCAGACGUAGGCGUCCUGGGUGCCCUUCUUGGAGCCUGUAGAAUCCAUAACAACUUGGGUCUCGGUGAAGAUAUCGGGAAGAAAGUAAUCGAGUUGGAGCCUCACAACAGCGGGCGCUACGUGCUGCUAGCCAAUCUAUAUGCCAAUGCUGGUAGAUGGGAAGACGUGGCCAAAGUGCGAAAGCUGAUGAACGACCGAGGAGUGAAGAAGCCCCCGGGCUACUCUAUGGUCGAAUUGGGUGGCGUGGUUGAUGAGUUCAUCGCGGGAGGAAGGACUCAUCCUCAAGCACGAGAGAUAUACGGUAAAGUGCAUGAAAUGCUGGACAGAAUUAGGCUCGAAGGCUACGAAGCCGAAACACAUGAAAUGAGCGAGGAGGAAAGAGAGAAUCCAGUGUACUACCACAGCGAGAAAUUGGCAAUUGGGUAUGGGUUGCUGAAGACCGAAGCGGGGGAAACCAUUCGCAUCACGAAGAAUUUGCGAGUUUGUCAAGACUGUCACCAAGCCAGCAAGUUGAUAUCGAAAGUGUACAAUCGAGAAAUCAUUGUUAGGGACAGGAAUCGAUUCCACCAUUUUAAAGGAGGAGAGUGUUCUUGUAACGACUACUGGUAAAUAUAGAUUUAUAUUGUGCAUUUCCUUGUCCAUAAAACAAAAAAAGAAAAUGACAGUUUUGGUGAUCCAGUUGAGGGUAAAUACUAUUGCAUUUAGGUCCAAAGUUGUGGCAGAAUUGAAUUAGUUCUUGAGGUGACAAAACUGGUAGUUCUUGUGGGUCUCUUGUAUGGAGAAAAUGGCUUCUUGCUUUGGUUUGGAGAUUUGAUGGGCAUUAAUGUGGAUCUUUACAUAUAUGGAUGGCUUCCUCUAGUUCAGGUAACAGUUUAUUGUGGAUAUUCUGGCUGUUGCUAAAAUCAUAUAUUACGUUGCCACUAAUUUAAAGAUUCAAAGUCA